AUGGCCGCCACUACUUUCCAGGGUUACAUGACCCCAACAGAAGUUGCUAUCUCUCAAGAACAGACAACUUGGGCAGAACAGCAAGAGUUAUCAUCUCGAGCGACCGUCAAUGAUCUGGUCAAGGUUUUGGAUCCUAAAGCUCAAGUCCCUUAUCUCCCCACUCGAAGCCUUCCCACUCCUCCUACUACCGCCCCUUCUGUCGCUUCGGCUUAUGAUGAAGAUCAUCCUGCUUUUGUACAAGUUCACGAUAAAUCUGUGCACGAACUAGUUCAAGAAAUUGUUGCUGCUAGAUUACAAGAAGACGAAGAUGAAUCAGCUUUCUUCGCUGCUGAUCUCAGUGCGAUCUACCAAUCUGUCUUAGAAUGGAGAGCAUCGCCUAUUGGUGAAAGAGUGGAGAUCUUCUAUGCGACCAAGUGCAAUCCCUCUCCUGCGGUUUUGCACCUUUUGUCCUUGCUCGGCACUUCAUUCGAUUGCGCUUCCGCUUCAGAGAUCAAUGCUGUCUUAUCACUUCCUUCAGCUCCUUCACCUGACAGGAUCAUAUUCGCCAACCCUUGCAAACCAGCCUCAUUCAUCAAAAACGCAGCUCAAAAAGGUGUACAAAUGAUGACCUUUGACAACGCCGAUGAACUAUACAAGAUCAAGAGACUAUAUCCUACCGCCAAGUUGGUCUUGCGAAUUUUAACCGACGAUAGUAAAUCGUUGUGUCGACUUGGUCUCAAAUUCGGUGCUCCUUUAGCCACUUGUCCUGGAUUAUUAGCAUUGGCUAAGCAACUGGACUUGAGCGUCAUUGGAGUUUCGUUCCACGUCGGAUCUGGUUGCAAAGAUCCCAUGCAAUUCGCCGAUGCUGUUUGGAGAGCAAGAAAGGUGUUUGAUAUGGGUAAACAAGCUGGAUACGAUUUUGACCUCCUUGAUAUUGGUGGAGGGUUUGAAAGUGAGACUUUCCAGGAAAUGACUCAGGUCUUGAGCGAUAGCUUUGAUCUUUACUUUCCUGAAGAUAGUGGCAUUAGAAUCAUUGCUGAACCAGGGAGAUUCAUGGUCUCAAGUGCUUUCACUCUCGCCACUUCUAUCAUCGCUUCCAGACGAGCUCAACAGGCCAUUGAAGGAGUGGCUCAACCAGUCGAAGAAGAAGAGGAAAAGGCUGAAGGAUCUUCUGAUGUGAUGUAUUACAUUAACGAAGGGGUAUACGGUUCUUUCAACUGUAUCAUGUUCGAUCAUCAAAUCGUUCACCCUCAUCCUCUCACCAUUGGAGGAGCGUUGACUACUACCGCACCACCGUUCCCUCCUUUACCAAAUGUCGCUGUGGAAGUGGAUUUACCUGUUCAAAUGGGAUACAAAGAGACCGAGAAAGCUAGUGUAUGGGGACCUACAUGCGAUUCCAUUGAUUGCGUUAGACAGUUGGUAGAUAUGCCAAAGGGAAUGGAUGUCGGAGAUUGGGUUGGUUGGGGUGAAAUGGGUGCCUAUACUCUCUGUGCGGCUAGCACUUUCAAUGGGUUUGAUCGAUCGCCCGUUCAUUGGACAACAGGCGGAGCUUCUAAACCUGAGGCUAGAUUCGUCAAGGCAUUAUUGGAUGAAUUUGCUUCUAGCUCUCUUCGAUGA